AUGAGCAACCUCUUUGCCAGUGCCGCUUCCGGCUUGGCCUCGGGCUGGCUCGGCAGCGCCGGCAGUGCCGAGAGCCAGGCCAGACCUGGAGCCGUGCAGGACCUGACAGACCCACAGCAGGUCGGCGUCUUUGACGCCCUCAAAGAGCUCUCCCGGCUCAAGGUCACAAGCACCAUCGAGAUCCCCCAGCUCGUCGUGGUGGGCGACCAGAGCACGGGCAAGAGCUCUGUUCUCGAGGCCAUUGGCCGCUUCCACUUCCCCGUGGCUGGCCGAGUCUGCACCCAAUUCCCCACCAAGCUCAUCCUGCGCCGCUCGUCCGAAGAGCACACCGUCGUGUCAAUCCAGCCUGCCCCAUCCAGGACAGAUGCCGACAGGGAGCGCCUUGAGAGGUUCAGAGAGGAGCUGUCGAGACCGGAUGAGUUCCCCGCGGUGGUCGACAGGGUCAGGGCCGAGCUCGGGGUGCCGGCAAGCUCCAAUUACGGAGCCGGCGGCAGCCCAGAGCCGCUCCGAUUCGUUGAAGACGUCCUGGUGGUGAAAUCGUCAGGCCCGGAUCUCGUCCAGGUGGACUUGGUCGACCUGCCCGGCUUGUUUACCGCCGAGACCCAGCAGCAAGACAGCGUGGGCAUGAGGAUUGUCAACGACAUGGUCGGGCAGUACAUCCGGUCCCGGAACAGCCUCGUGCUGCUCGUCGUCAGCGUCGCGACCAGCUUCGCCAACCAGGCGGCCCGCGCCAUGAUCCAGGACAUGGCACAGACGGACCGCACCCUGGAGGACCGCGUCAUUGGCGUCAUGACCAACCCCGACCGUGCCGUCUCGGUCGAAGAUGCUCUCGACGUUCUGAACGGCAGCUUGGACUCGACCAACCUGCGACACAAGUGGCUCGUGGUCAAGAACCAGGGGCAGCAAGAGCGGAGCAACGAGCCGCUUGACCGGAGGGACUGGCAGGAGGAGCACUUCUUUCUCAACCACCCCGAGUGGAACCGCGUUCCGAGAAGCCAAUGCGGCAUCAACGCACUCCGAAGCACGCUGCGGGUUGCUCUUCUGCAGCACACGCAGGCCGCGCUGCCCGGCGUCACGGCCGAAGUCGAGGCCACGGUCAAGACGCUCGAGGCACGGCUCGACGCCGGCGUCUGCCGGUCCACGCACGAUGCGCGCCGAGUCUAUCUCUGCGACAUUGCGCAAAAGUUCUCGGACCUCGCCCGAGAAGCCUGCUUGGGCACGUACCAGGGCGAGCAGUGCAAGGCGCUGCACAACGUCGGCGACGAGUGCCGGGUCUGCGCGCGCUUCUUCCCGCGCUACCGCGACGACUCCCCUGCGAACGAGGACCGGAACCUGCGGGCCAACAUCCGCCUUCUCAGCCGCGCGUUUGCGUCUGCCAUGCGCGACCCCGACACCAUCGCCUCGCACUACACGUUCCCGGCGCCGGAGCGCAUCUCGCACCAAGACCUCAACACGUGGCUCGCGGCGCGGAUCCCGCAGUGGCGCGGCCGCGAGCCGCAGGGCGAGGCGAGCGAGAACACGUACCACCUUCUCUUCGAGUACCAAUCCCAGAAGUGGCCCGCCAUCGCCGCAGCGCACCUCGACGCCGUGUGGCAGGCCGUGCAGCGGUUCGUCGACGUGGCAUUGACCGCAUCCUGCCCGGCCGACGACGACGUGCGCGCCGCGAUCCGCACGCACCUGACGCAGCCGGCGCUCGCAGACCUGCAGCGCGCGUCGCACCGCGCCAUGCUCAACCUGCUCAACUGCCACGCGCGCGGCCGCACGGGGUUCUACGACGGCUUCGUCGACGUCGGGCCGCUGCGGCGGCGCGCGCGCGCGCUAUCGGCGCGGCUGGGCCGCUCAGGCGACGAUAGCAACGCUGGCAGCUCGUUUACAGGCGACAUGCUUGGCUUCGUCGUCAGCGCCGUGGGCGGCAACGCCGCGUGGGCCCAGAGCAGCAUCGGGGUGCUGGCCAGCGAGCUGGCUCGCGGCGCCGUGCUGCGCCAGCUCGGGGGGGCGCUUGCCCAUGUGUCCGAGGGCACGGGUGAGAGUGACGCGGAUGCCGGCGAUGGAGAGGGCGGCCGCGAGGCCUACUUCGUGCUGGUCCCGCGCUCCAUGGACAACUUGGCCGCUGGGCGUGCCGUGGAGCACGUCGAGAUGUUUUACGAGGUGAGUGGGCGAGGGAGCUCCCCUUUCCAGAAUCUGCCCUUGUCUGCUAGGAUAUUUGGCAAAAGCUAG